UUUACCUGCCUGGUUCGCUAUUCGUCUGCGACAAAGUGGUUUGUAAUUUCCCAAUAGCGUGUUAACGAUAAAUGAAAACUGCGAGGUAGAAGCGUGGUGAAACAACGCGUGAAAUGACCAGGAUACGAAUUUGAAACGAUUCAUUAAUACACGAGGAUGCCGACCAACGAAGAGUCUACGGGUGACAGCCUCUCGGAGAGACUUGUCAAGAGUGACGAAAAUGAGGUUGUGAAUUGCCGGAGUAGCACGGACAACAUUGAAGGGCAUAAAUUGCGACAUAGCACGGACAGUUUUCCAAAUAUCAAUGAGAGACCGGUCGAAGAUAUCUCUAUCACACUCUUCUAUAGGCCACACAGCAUUACGUUGCUACUUACCGCGAUCGGUGCUGUAAUAUAUUCAGCUUUUACUAGGAAUACUACCAAUGUCGAAGACAACAUUUGGGCUGGAAUACUUUGCAUCAUAUUUUUUUUUCUAAUUAUAUCGAUACUCACAUUUCCUAAUGGACCAUUUACGAGACCUCAUCCUGUCGUUUGGAGACUCGUUUUUGGCUGUAGUGUUUUGUAUUUAAUGGGCCUGUUGUUUUUGCUAUUUCAAGAUUACGAUACAGUGAGAAAAAUCUUUGUGUGGAUAGAUCCAGGCUUGGCAUCGUUUCAUAUAGAUAUGGAUAAAGAAUACGGUGUUAAUUGUUCAGACAUUACGUUAGAGAAGAUAUGGAACCAUUUAGACAUUUUUGCAGCUGCUCAUUUCUUAGGGUGGACUUUGAAAGCAAUUCUUAUUAGACAUCUUGGUAUUCUUUGGGCCAUUAGCGUUAUGUGGGAAGUAACAGAGAUAGCAUUUGCCCAUUUACUACCAAACUUUGUUGAAUGCUGGUGGGAUGCUUUCAUACUUGAUGUAGUUGUAUGUAAUGGUUUGGGUAUAUGGGUCGGAUUAAAAAUUUGCUCUCUAUUGGAAAUGCGAGAAUACAAGUGGGUAAGCAUCCGUGACAUUGAGAGCACCACUGGCAAGUUGAAGAGAGCGAUGUUGCAGUUUACACCUGGCAGUUGGACUGCUGUUAGGUGGCUAGAUCCAACUUGCACAUACAUGCGAUUUGUUGCACUGUGUCAGUUGGUCAUUUUCUGGCAGGUUUCAGAACUGAAUACAUUUUUCUUGAAGCACGUAUAUGAAUUUCCACCUUCUCAUCCAUUUGUUGUGUCAAGAUUGAUACUAGUUGGGAUAAUUGUUGCACCAUCUGUUAGGCAGUACUACAUGUAUGUAACAGAUCCAACAUGUAGUAGAGUAGGGACACAGUGUUGGGUCUAUGGUGCAAUUAUGGUUACAGAGGCAUUACUGUGUAUAAGACAUGGUGCUGCAUUAUUUGAGCGCACCCAGGCAUUGAACAUUCUUUUAUGGCUACUUUGCCAAUCUCUAGUCUCGGUUCUUUGUGUUUAUGGCUGUGUUUUAUGGCAUCAAUACUUUGAGACGGAAAAGAAAGCUACUUCAAAACAGUCAGUUAUCCAGCUAGGCAACAGCCAUGUGGAUGCAACCCAAAGCAGUGGGAGUAUGGUCCACUCUACAGAAUUUACGCUGGAAAAGAAGCAAUUGUGAAAAAACGAAAAAGGAAAA